AGUAAUAUUUUCUUUACAUAUUGUUACACAACUUAGCUAAAGAACAUUUUAACAUUUGGGAUUAUUAGUUUUUCGAUCGAAGCCAAAGUGAUUUUCUAAAAUAUUCUACUUAACGGUGAUUUUCUAGAAGAUCUUAUUUUACGGUAAAUUUCUGAAAUAUUUUACUGUACGGAUAUUUUUGUUUUGCAAGGUCUUACAUUUCGGCGAUUUUUCUGAAAGAUCUUAAAUUACAAGAACUACAAAAAACACCCACCCUCAUCACAGCUAUUAUUACAACAACUACCACAACGACAUGGAGUCUACACUAUCUAUGUUGAACACGACUGUGUUACACGACGUCAACGACACCAUCACCUGCUACCUUCUUCCACCUCAGAAUUACUGCACGACGCGAGAAAAAUUCCUGGAAAUUCUCAAGGAGUAUACUUUCCCGACUCCGAUGGAGUGGCUGUUCGCUUUAUUGCAUAUCGCGGUGUUCGUGGUGGGCACUAUAGGGAACCUGCUCGUAUGUUUCGUCGUGUGGCGCAGUCGCCACAUGCAGACGGUCACCAAUCUGUUUAUAGUGAACCUCGCCGUGGCGGAUUUCCUGGUGUUCGUCACGUGUCAACCGCCUACAGUGUUACAGAAUAUAACGGAGACAUGGUUCCUGGGACGCCUCUUCUGUAAGAUCGCCAUUUUCUUCCAGAAUCUUUGCGUCUCGUCCUCUGUCCUUACGCUAUGUGCGAUAUCGGUGGAGCGCUACUACGCGAUAUGUCGUCCUCUGAAGGCGAAGAUCACCUCGAGGAAAGUGGGCAUCGCGAUCGCCUUCAUCUGGAUGAUCGGGAUCAUCGUGGCGCUGCCCAACCUGUUGUUCAUGGAGAUCGAGAACACGUACGCGGACAUCGACCACCUGCUGGUGUACUGCGGGAUGAGUCUCGACCCGAACCUGGAGAUGAUCUACCAGCUCUUCAUCGUCCUGUCCACCUACCUCGUGCCGGUGUUCAUCAUGGGAGUCUUCUACUCGAUCGUCUCCAUCCACUUGUGGAGCGCAGCGGCGCCUGGUGCUCAAGCACGCAACCCUCGAUGUAAUGGACACCACAGCCCUAUUGACGCGCAGCUCUUGUCGAGAAGAAAAGUAGCGAAGAUGUUGAUAGCCAUCGUCGUCAUCUUUUUCAUCUGUUACCUGCCCAUCCACCUCUUAUUUAUUGCCAGAUAUUCUGGCUUGCUUAAAGAGGAGGAUGAGAACCACCCACUGCUUCCUGUGAGUUUCCUCUUCUCUCAUUGGCUGUGCUACUUCAACAACGCCAUCAAUCCUGUCAUAUAUAAUUUUAUGAGUGUGAAAUUCCGAGAUGAGUUUCGUAGCGUGUUUUCUUGUUCGUCUCCACCUCAAGGUCGACUUUACCCAUCAGGUACGUGGACUCGCAACAAAUUCAACGACGCCAGGAGCGAGAACUCGAGAUUCGUCAAGUCAUCUGAUCUAUAGUAGCUUCAUGGAACUAGAUAUCGUACCUACCUUUUGUCGGAAUCUUGUUACCUUUGAUCUUGAACAUUGCUAUUCGCAAUCUCGGGUCAGACGGCUCGUAAUAAUGACGCUUAAUCAUGAUGAUGGUGAUAAGCAAGAAAACAAAAGGCAAGAAAUUUCUGCAACUCACGUGGUUGGCAAGCAUUAUCGCCGUAAUACAUGUGGAAGUUUUAUGUUUAUCGGUAUAUAACGUGUAAGGAUGAUUUGACCUAUAUUCCAGUAAUAUUUAAUUACUGUCAAAUCCAGUUUCCCAGAUACUUAUCUUUUAUUUUUCACAUAAAAUUCAUUUUUAUCUACUAAAAAUUCCUGGAAGUUCAGAAACACGUUGACUUUGUCAAAACUGGUAAUGUAAGCAAGAAGUGGUAAGCAGUGUGUAAUUUAAGGGUGAAAAGCUGCAGGUCUAAUACCCAAAAUAUUGAUUAAUAUAUAAUUUACAAAAAAACAAACUCCUUCUGUUUCUGUGCAUAUAACUGAAAAUGUAUUAAAACCGUGAAUAUAUAUUUUUAAAAUGUUCAGUGUUAAGCGCCAUGUGGCUUGAAAGUGAUUGGAACAAUGUUUGGCUCGCAGACAGUGAUGGGCACAGGACGUUUAUAAAGUGGGGUGGUUGAAAGUAAGGUUUUAGAAAUAUUGAACACCAAUUGAAUUCUGAGCGCUGUAGACGUGCACGAACUGUAUGUUUCAGGAAGUUCAGAGACCAAGACAAGAGGCUAUACAGCAACUACGUUUCUGGUACCGGUUGUGACAUAAAAAUAUCGAAUCCUUGUAAAACAAAUCAGUGGUAGAAGGAGGGCAGGGUGAUUCCCCCCC